CACGUGGGGAGUAUACUACCCGCUUCAUAACCAAACAGCUUACGUGCUUCUGUAGCUUUAGUCUUUUGGGAAAGGAAGUUGCCUGGAAAAGUAAUGGCCACUGCAGUGAAGACAUUGUUGGCUCUGGCUGUGAUUUCAGUGAGCUUUGGUGGGAAAUCGGUUGGAGCAGAGGUGCACCAUUUGGUUGGUGGGGAUCGAGGCUGGGACCCUUCUACAAAUGUGGCUUCUUGGUCCUCCGGCAGAACAUUCAGGGUCGGAGACAAAAUCUGGUUCACAUAUUCCAUUACACAGGGAAUGAUAGCUGAGCUUAAGACGAAAGAGGAAUUCGACUCAUGCGAUGUACGCAAUCCAACCAGAAUGUAUUCGGACGGCCUCGAUGGCAUCUCGCUCAAUGAGGAAGGGAUCCGCUACUUCGUGAGCACAAAUUCGAAGGUCUGUAAGAAUGGCUUGAAGCUUCAUGUGGAGGUGAUGCCUGAACAGACAUCCGAUGUCAAUGAUAUCCCAAAACUUAGCGCAUCUGAGGACGCUGCCUUGGCUGUUGCUGCUGGGCCAACCCCAUCUGAUUCAACCCACGUUGGUGCAGGCGGUGCUAUGUUGCUGUCUGGAAUCUGGCUGUGUUCUUACAUCAUGGGUAUUUAGGUUUGAAGUUAAAUUGUUAUGAAAACUAUUAUGUUUAAUUUAAUAGCUGUUUGUGAGAACCCAAAUUUAGUGAGGGUUUUGUAGUUUUAAUUGUCCAAUGAUUUCUACAUUGAAUGUUUCCUUCUUAA